CAGGCUCAACCCCACGUAUUCUCAACACCAGAACACGUCGCAAUCAUGGCACCCAUAUCACUUACAGAUAUCAUUGCCGCCCUUCCGUCGGAAGAUUCUUGGGGACCACCAACCUCGAAUGAAACCACAUUAAAUGGCGUUCCCUAUGCCCCAUACUCGAAAGGCGACAAAUUAGGUCGCAUGGCAGACUGGACCACAGAGGGCAAGGAUGGAAGAGAUGGCAGAGGUGGGAGACAACAAUACAACCGAAACUACAGAGAUCAACAAGUCUACGGUGCCGGAACAUCCUCCUUAUUUGCUGUCCAACUCGCCGAAGAUGAGUCCUCUUUCUCCGUUGUCAGCAAUACUCGCGACUCAACGAAGACGAGAUUUGGUCGGGGCGGAGCAUUCACGAGAGGACGGGGUCAACGUGGUGGACGCGGCGAUACCAGAGGCGGACGAGGACAGUUCCAGAGAGUCGGAGGACGUGGUGGCCAGCAAGGUUACAACAACUAUGAUCAGCGAGGAGGCCGUGGAGGUGCGCGUGGUGGACGGAGAUUUGGCUGGAAGGAUUACGACAAGCCACAGCGCAACCGUGAUGCGUCUGUUAACAUCAAGCCUGACUGGAAGAUGCUGGAGGAGAUUGACUUCAACCGUCUGGCCAAGCUGAACCUGGAUACGGAUGAUGGAGAGGAUAUCGAGAACUACGGUUUCGUCUACUACUACGAUCGGUCAUACGACAAGCAGCCUGUCAAGUCUGCGGAGCGAAAGUUGAACGUCGUUGAUCGUGCCGCCUACAAUGUCACCACAUCCUCAGAUCCUGUCAUCCAAGAACUCGCAGAGAAGGACGAGGCUACCAUCUUCGCCACAGAUAGCAUUCUUUCCAUGCUCAUGUGCUCUCCCCGUUCCGUCUACCCCUGGGAUAUUGUUAUCGUCCGACAGGGCAACAAGGUCUUCCUCGACAAGAGAGACAAUGCCACUUUGGACAUGGUCACAGUCAACGAGAACGCUGCUGAUGCGCCAAUGGAUGCCUCAGAAGGAAGCAAAGAUGCUAUCAACCAACCGAGUGCUUUGGCUGAGGAGGCUACGUAUAUCAACCACAACUUCGCUAACCAGGUUAUGAUUGAGAAUGAGAACCAGAAGGUCGAGAUGGCCCACGAGAACCCCUUCUACAACCCCGCCGAGGAGACUGAGCCCGCUGCCAGCAAGGCAUACAAAUACAGACGAUUCGACCUGUCGCUUAAUGAUGAGGAUCCAGUGCACUUGAUUGUCCGUACAGAAAUUGAUGCCGUUCAGAAGAACGCCAUCAGCGGAGAAGAUCAGUUCCUCACAGUCAAGGCUCUGAACGAGUUCGACCACAAGGCACAAGGUAGCGGUGGUGCUCUUGACUGGAGAACGAAGUUGGUUGGCCAACGUGGUGCAGUUGUCGCAACAGAAAUGAAGAACAACAGCUGCAAGCUUGCUAGAUGGACUGUCCAAAGUAUCAUGGCCAAGGCGGAUGUCAUGAAGCUCGGAUUCGUUUCUCGUGCCAACCCCAAGACCAACGACAAGCACGUCGUUCUUGGUGUUGUCGGCUGGAAGCCACGCGACUUCGCCCAACAGAUGAACCUUAGUCUCUCCAACGGAUGGGGUAUUGUUCGCACGAUCGCCGACAUGUGUCUCCAGCGCGAGGAGGGCAAGUAUGUUCUUGUCAAGGACCCCAACAAGCAGAUUCUGCGUCUGUACGAGGUGCCCGCUGGUAGUUUCGAGGAUGACGGUGAAGGCGAGAUCAUCGAGGAGGCUGAGGAGGCUGAGGAGGCUGAGGAAUAGAUUUGUAUUGAUUGAGCGCGGUUAUGAUAGGAAUGGAAAAGCAAAUUACUCUUUCCGAAAGGCAGGUCAUGAACCGAAGGGGGAUUCAUGGAGUUGGCUCCUGAGGGCAGUUCUUGGGGAUAUCGGAGUUGUGAAGCUUACUUGAUUCUUAGACGGCAAUCAAAACGAUGUGCCACCUCCCUCUGCUACUGCUAUAAUCCCUCUUUAAGUUAUAGUUGACUGGGUUGCUUCCUCUUGGUCUCUCUUGGUCUCUCUUGUUUGUACUUUUCCAGGUGUUGGGUUAAAUUCAUGACUUGUGCCUAUCAGCACCAAUGGUCUUGGCACAGUCGCCCAAUCCUUCUUUCUCAAGCGAGGCAAAGCCGCGCAAGCUUUCAACAUCUCUUCAGGCUGCAAUAUUUCGACGGUCAGCCUCAGCCCAUUACAUUGCCUCUGCUAAAUCUAAUGCCUGUGAUGAUUGUUCCUGCCUCAAGAUUCAAGCUCAGGUUUGGGCUUUAGCUAUUUCGCAGAGGCUCAUACCACCCAUCCCCUUUACACUCCAGUUCGUCCCUAUGUAUGCAAGAAAAGAUAGAACAGUUCCUCAAACCCCCCAAAUUGAACUCCCAGAACACGACAGGAUGCCACUCCUCUCCACCUCCCCCACCUCCCUCACACCCCUCCUCCCCCAACACGCUCAGCCUACUCCAUCCGCACCCACAUGGUGGGGUAGGAACUGGCGCCCUAUACGCUUCUUCUGUGUCAUUUUCUUGGUGUUGUGGGUUGUUGGGCCGUGGGUUUUGGGGGCACUGAUGAGGGGUGUGGAGGGGAGAUGGGGCUGGGGAUAGAGCGGAGGAGGAGGUCGAGGAGAUAGGUCAUGAAUCUGAGAAAAACACUGUUGUUGAUGUCUUACCGAAUCCACUGCUGCGAAGAAUGAGAAAGAGGCCGAGACGAAGCGAAAAGUUAUGCAGACUUGUUCCCAAAACAUGUAACAGGACUGGGAGACUUCAAGCGUCUAGAGAGGUGAGAUUAUUUCUCCUCCUGGUGUUUUGGUUGGAGAUGGGAGGCAACUCGUGGGGAAACUCGAUAAAUUAGCGUAGGAAAUAGGUACAGGAGCUGCAUUACUGGAGCGAAAACACAUGAGUAAGGGCCUCCUUCAAAUGUAGUGUAGGAUCGGAGAAUGGUCUGCUAAAAUUGAUAUCCUGACUAUCUAUCAUCACUUUCCUCUUCUUCCAAAAGUCUGGCAUUGACUUUCAGGUCUCCGCUUCCAACAAACGCAUUACCAGGGCGACUCUGCUCUGUAGCCGAAGUCAUCUCAAAUUCUGCCUCAUCCGUCAAUUUAUUCUCCCACUCCUCUUCAAAUGGGAUCAUGGCUCUCCAUUCCUCAUGCGUCAACUCAUCAAAGUUCGUCGUCCGAGGUUGAUUACCCAUCACCACGCCCGGUACAAAAACCGCCGGAUCACUCUUCGUCCAUGGACUGCUCAGAAACCCAUUCGCGAAAGGCGUGUCGACCACGACUUCAACACUAGCAAUAAAUGGUCCAGAUGUUUCCACAACCACAGCAACGUUCAGUCUGUCUGGGAUUCCUUCCUUGGUACGUUUAUUCUCUCUCAUAUCCCAAUAGACGAUAUCCCAAUCAGUUCCCAUCUUGCUGCUCCAGAAAUUCCCGACCGUCUCGAAGCGAUAUUGCUUCUCAUACUCCGUUUCUCGUUCUCCUUUCAUCCCAGGCCCGACAGUCAGCGGACCAGCAGGAACCUGCAACGUGAGUUCUCCACCCACAGUGUUCUUCCUGCCUUCCACAGUAGGCAGCCCAUAGAUCUUCCUCGGCGCGAAUUUGAGUACAGCCGGACUUGCGUCGGCUGGGGAAGAAGAUGAGUGUUUCGAGAGGGUGAUUUUAAUAUUGGCGUUCUUGAAGCGAAAGCCAUGCUCGCCACUUCGGAGGGAAAAGGAGAAGAUGAUGAGCGAUGCUGGUCGUUUGUGAAAGGUGCCAUGUGACACGUUUGUGACCAUGCCUAUCACGCCGGCGCUGGAGAGAAAUGGGGCAAUUUCUUGGUGAUAGACUUUGAGCAUACGAGUGGAGGGCUCGACGAACGAGUAUGGUACAGUGCCAGACUCGUACUGCGUUUUUGGGUCUUCAACAUCGAGGCCGAGGCUGUCGGUGGUUUCAAAAGUUGCUUCGCUGCGGUAGGUUGCCAGGAUGGCAUCCAUAUCCAGAGUUGUUUCGGACAUUUUGUCAAUGCUGCUUAUUAGUAUGUAAAUUAAUGAAGACUAAGGUUCGGGCCCGGUAAGUAGAAUAAAUGGUGUUGAAGGAAGAGGGGUGAACUUUGGAUGGUUUUGUCGAUCAUGACGCAGAUUGCCC